AUGCCAGAGCGUGAUGAUUUCCUCAGUGGAAUAACGGGACGAUGGUGUAAGAAAUGCGAAUGUCUCGAGACCGAUUACAUCAAAAUGAAGCAAUGCAGUCGUUGCAAGUCAGCCCUCUACUGUUCGCGAGAAUGUCAAAAAGCAGACUGGAAGGGACAUAAGAAAAUUUGUCUCAAGAAUGUUCAAGCCGAAUCAGCUACCACUGCAGCGAGCGAAAACAGACAUAUCCCAGCACCAAACACAGCAAGAACCUUACGGCCGCCACAUAGACCCAUUCCAACACCAGAGCCAGGGCCAGCAGUUAUUGGACCCAUCAUUGCACCAGGCCUCGACGUCAACCUCACAGCCCCCUUCACCAGACUCUACGUGAAGCGAUGGCUGCACGGUCGAUCGGAAAAAGACGUCUACAAAAUCCUCUUUGACACAAUCCGCGUCAGGGCAUGGGAUGAUCGGGUUCUGGCCGCUCAAAGCCUCAUGGAUGUCGCCAAUGGUUCCAGACCACAGGCUGCGAAAAUGUUCGUCCUGAGAUUUCUGAGGCAAGCCGAGCGCCAGCGUUUUCUGCCUCCCUGGUGGUCUCCCGAGAAAGAACAAGAAUGUACUCGCUUUGGCACAAGCGAGGAAAACUGGAAUCACACUGAUCGUCCUAUUAGGAUGCACCAUAUUGUUGCCCGCUAUGGGACCCCGUUGAUCUUGGUUCAGAUGCGAAUCUUUGCGGAACAGGUCUAUGGCCCUAUUGUGGGGAAGAUGAGUUCUAUUCCCAUGAUGCGUGUACAUAUGAGGGCGGAACGUGGGGACUUGAUUAGAAAUUUGCUGGAGGCUGCUAAGGCUAAGUAG